UCCAAUCUCUCUCUCUCUCUCUCUCUCUCUCUCUCUCUCUCGGUGGAUACACGCAUUCUGCAGACAAAUUCAGCAAGGAAGCAGCAGUUUCUGUUUUCUAUCCAUUUGCACAUGUUGGGGAAUCAAAAUGAUGGGAUCUUUUCUUUCAAGAGCCCUUGUAAUGGUUUUUGGUUAUGCUUAUCCUGCAUAUGACUGCUUCAAAUCUGUGGAGAAGAACAAACCCAAGAUUGAGCAACUCAUAUUUUGGUGCCAGUACUGGAUUUUAGUUGCCAUGCUUACGGUUUGCGAGAGAGUUGGGGAUGCUUUUAUCUCAUGGUUACCAAUGUACAGCGAAGCAAAGGUGGCACUUCUUAUAUACCUUUGGCAUCCUAAGACAAAAGGGACAAUAUAUGUUUAUAAUUCUUUUUUUCGGCCGUUUUUGGCAAAGCAUGAGAAAGAAAUCGACCGUAACUUGUUGGAGAUGAGGACUAGGGCUGGGGAGAUUGCAAUUGUGUAUUGGCAAAAGACUGCAAGUUAUGGCCAGGCAAGGUUUUUUGAGAUUUUGCAGUAUGUUUCUUCUCAAUCUGCAUUAAGGUCUUAUGCUGCUCAAGAAUCCAUGGGCAAAGAAAAGAAGUAGAUCAUUUUUUUGUUGCAUACCAGCUGGUAACCCUUUAAUCAGGCGACUGAGGUGAGGAAUUUUUCCUUCUCCUUGUGCCUUAAUUUUUUGUUUUCUGUUUAUGAAGAACUUGUGCAUAAUUGUUUCUAGUAAUGACAUGGGAGAGGUACAUUGUAGAAAUAUGAUGAACAAGAAAUUUUGAAUGUUUCCUUUUUUUCCCAAAAAGAUUCUAGCCUUACAUGAAACUUCUAUCUGUUA